CCUCCUCAUCCCACAAUUAUUCCCAGCUUCGGUGUUUCUCUUCUUCGCCAGCUGACCACUGCAUCCCUGCGCUGUAUCAAUUCGACCUCACUAUCCUUCAACUAUCUAAACGCAAUGGCGCCCAUCGAUCCGACGGCUGCCCUGCCAACCGAGCUUGUCAAUCUUCUCGCACUGCACUCCUCCUUCCUCACCGCGCUGUCGCUGCACUUCGUACACAACGGAACCGGAUCGGCCAUCGAUCUGCGAGAAUUUAGCGAGACGAUCACAUCCGUUUGGCGCCAUCGCAAAGUCCACUACGAUGAUAUCCGCCUCUGCGUCGGUGUCCUCGGCGCUGGCCCAGCUGCAAGUAACAAUCCCUUCCGCAUUUCCGACUACGGACGCGGCAAAAUAUGUUUGGAGGUUAGCGACGAAUACAAGAUGCAGUCAGGACUGUCACAGACGAAGGAGGGGACACUCCAGGCCAUGUUUAUGGAGAGUUUGGACCACCUGUGGAGGCAGUGGAGCGCAGCUGGACAGACAUCACAGAAGAUAUUGAGCCGGCCAAUUGCUACACCGAAGAAGCGCGGACGCGGACGGCCUAAGAGGAAUGACCCCACGCAGUCCAGCAUCCAGGCCUUCAUCGACGAGCCCUCGCUCACCAAAUUCAUCGCCCAGCUCCCGCACGCCGAGAUCACCACAUGCGAGUCUCUAAUCGCCAUCGCACCCCUGCAGGAAAAAGGCCGCAAGAGGCUCCGCGAGUUUAAGGACAGUGUCCAGCAAGGCCGCGCCGUGAAGAAAACGCGCGAGACCACAGGCAAGGAGAACGCACCCGCGACCCCCGCCCAGACCAAAAUGACAGACUUCACGUCCGUCCGCAAAACCAACCUCCUCGACCGCAUCCUCGCCAAAGAAGCGGCCGCCGCGUCCGGCCCCAAGCCCCUCACACCCGCCGAGCUCCAGCGCAAAGCAGCACUUCAGCGCUCGGAAGACGUGCUCGGCGUGAUCGCCCUUCUUUGCGCGAACAAGGGUUCUGGCAUGCGUAUCUCCUUCUCCAUAAAUGCACUGCUGCAGUCGCUGCAGACCUCGAUACGGAAACCCAUCUCGAAGGAGGAAGCCCUCAAAUGCAUUGAGGUGCUCGCGAGCGAGGUUACACCUGGCUACGUCAACAUCGUCAGGAUGGGUGCUUUGAGCAGCGUGGUUGUCAACCAAGGCAUGAGACCAAUGGAUGUCAAGGGCAGGCUUGUUGCGCUGGGUGCUUAUUAAUCCGCAUUUACUAUUGUAUCAGUAUCUUUUGUGCCUCGUUGUUUCCAGCUUUGUGUAUUCAGCGUUAUUAGCGGGUAGGAUGGCGUUGACCAUUGUUUCAAUGGAGCGGUUGUUUGCAUAGAUUAUACCCUGUUCGUAUUCACGG